UGAUUUUGGACAAUUUGGGAAAACAAGAAGAGGUCAAAAAAAAUACACAUUCACAAGAGUAAUGUUGCAGCCCCAGUAAGGGAAGUUUCCAUGAAAGCAAUUUUGACCUUUGCUUCUCUCGCUGCUCUUCUCUUGUUUAUAAUAUAAAUUGGGUUUCUUCACGCGUUAAAUUUCUGUUCAGAUCCACUUUUUCAUUUACAUAAACACUUCGAUUUUCAUUUCUUAAGAUCACCCUUUUACAAAAACCUCUGGGUUUAUUGUUCUUUUUUUACCUCAAAAGUUUGAAAAUCAAAUUGGGUUUUGUGAGAUCUGAGAUUUUUCUUAGGUAGUAUUGGAGUUUUCAAGGAUUUAAGCUAACCCACUUGCUUGUUUUCUUGAUUUCCUGGAUAAAUCAUUUAUAAAAAUUGGAUCUUGGUUGAAGUUUGACUUAGUGUAUAGUUGGAAUCUUGAAAACCCCUUUUGGGAGUGAAAAUUGCUGCUCUAGCUGUGAAAGUUAAGAUUUUGUUGUAUUGAUUUGGUGGAGAAAACUACGAUUUUGAGACCCUUUUAGUUUUAGGUGAGAAUUGAAGCUUUCUGUUGUAUUAGUUUGUUGGGAAAGUUAAGAUCUUGAGACCCUUUUAGCUGAAAGUAUUGAAGAACUUGGGUUUUGAGGAUCUGCUUCAAUGGGUAAUUGUUGUGCAGUGCCAAAAACUUCAGAGACAGAGGAGAAGAAAAGGGGGAAGAAUAAGCCAAAUCCAUUUUCUGUCGAUUAUGCUCAUGGAAAUGGACAUAAGUCCUAUGUGUUGGAUAAUCCAACUGGGCCUGAUAUCGAGGCAACGUAUGAGCUAGGGCGUGAGCUUGGCCGAGGUGAAUUUGGGGUUACAUAUUUGUCUACUGACAAAGUAACUGGAGAUGUGUAUGCUUGUAAAUCAAUAUCAAAGAAGAAGCUUAGGACUCGAGUGGAUAUCGAGGAUGUAAGGAGAGAAGUUGAGAUCAUGAAACAUUUGCCUAAGCAUCCUAAUAUUGUCACUUUAAAGGAUACUUAUGAGGAUGAUAAUGCAGUCCAUAUAGUUAUGGAGCUGUGUGAGGGUGGUGAGCUAUUUGAUCGGAUUGUUGCAAGGGGGCAUUAUACUGAGAGGGCAGCGGCUGCUGUGACUCGCACAAUUGUUGAAGUGAUUCAGAUGUGCCAUAAGCAUGGAGUCAUGCAUCGUGACCUCAAACCUGAAAACUUCUUGUUUGAAAACAAGAAAGAGACAGCACCAUUGAAGGCAAUUGAUUUUGGUCUCUCAGUAUUCUUUAAGCCUGGCGAGAGAUUUAACGAAAUUGUGGGAAGUCCUUACUACAUGGCUCCUGAGGUGCUGAAGAGAGACUAUGGUCCAGAAGUAGAUGUCUGGAGUGCUGGAGUAAUUCUCUACAUCUUGCUGUGUGGUGUUCCACCAUUUUGGGCAGAAACUGAACAAGGAGUUGCUCAAGCGAUCAUUCGUUCUGUUGUGAAUUUUAAAAGGGACCCUUGGCCUAAGGUUUCCGACAAUGCAAAAGACCUUGUGAAGAAGAUGCUUAACCCUGACCCUAGCAAGAGGCUUACUGCUCAAGAAGUUCUAGAUCAUCCCUGGAUACAAAAUGCAAAGAAGGCUCCAAAUGUUUCUUUGGGUGAAACAGUGAAAGCAAGGCUCAAACAAUUCUCUAUGAUGAACAAGCUAAAGAAAAGAGCUUUAAGGGUGAUUGCUGAGCAUUUGACGGUAGACGAAGUGGCUGGAAUAAAGGAGGGAUUCCAAUUGAUGGAUAUAGGUAACAAAGGGAAGAUUGACAUUAACGAGUUGAGAGUUGGGUUGCUGAAACUUGGCCAUCAAAUUCCCGAAUCUGAUGUACAAAUUCUUAUGGAUGUUGGUGAUGUUGAUAAAGAUGGAUUUUUGGACUACGGAGAGUUUGUAGCAAUUUCAGUCCAUCUAAGAAAGAUGGCAAAUGAGGAGCACCUGAAGAAGGCGUUUGAUUUUUUUGAUAAGAACCAAAAUGGAUAUAUAGAGAUUGAGGAAUUAAGGGAGGCCUUAGAUGACGAGAUUGAAACCAACAGCGAAGAAGUUAUCAAUGCUAUUAUGCAAGAUGUAGACACUGACAAGGACGGACGGAUAAGUUACGAUGAAUUCUCUACAAUGAUGAAGGCUGGAACAGAUUGGAGGAAGGCGUCAAGACAGUAUUCACGAGAACGAUAUAAUAGUCUCAGUUUGAAACUAAUGAAGGAUGGAUCCUUACAAAGCUAGUUAAGUAAAGCCAGAAUAUGACCAUCUCGAGGACUAGAACUCAGCUUUUGGCUUUCUUAAUUCGUCUCUUCUUUCCUGUUCAACUAUCCAUUAUUUUCUUAGUCUCUGUUAUUUUUCUUCUGGGGGUGGAUCAAUUAACUUGGGGACUACAACAUUCAUGUGUUCUUUGAGUUGUAAUCAUGUUGUGUUUUUUUUUCUUUCUUUUUCGUUUGGACGAUCUGAGGAAAUAUGUGAAGGAUGGAAAGGUGAUUAUUGUGGUUGUAUAUAGGUUGGCAUCGUAUGCUUCAAUUGUUCAGUUAUGUAAACCAAUUAUUUAAUGAUAGAACAUUUCAGAUUCAAA